AUGGAGAUCAAGCCAAUGAAGCACCGCGAGCCAGACAAGGAGAUUCUAGAGCACGAACGCAAGCGCAAGAUUGAAGUGGCUUGCUUUGAACUUCGAGUCAAGUUGGAAGAUGAAGAGAUUCCCGAAGACGAGAUUGAAAAGCAGGUCGAUGCCCUGCGCGAAAAGUUGCUUGCGCAAAAAGUCAACAUGACGAAUGUCAGGCAACAGUUUAAGCCAUCGGACACGCAUGCCAUUUUGGCUGCCAAAAAGGUUGAGAUGGAUCGCAUGGCUCGCGCUCUCGGUACAUCUAGCGACUAUGUUGAAGGCAAAGCAUUCGAUCCUGCGCAUGCAGAGGAAAUGCGGCAGCAACGGAUAGCCAGACGAGAAGAAAAGGAGAGAGAGGAAGAGAUUCGACGCAAGGCGAAGGAGGACAACGAAAAGGCAUGGAAGGAACGUGAACGAUUACGAAGACGUGCAGAGGAUGCUGCUCGUGGAGGUGCUCGUGGCAAACCUGCACCCAAGGAUGCGCCUAUGCCGCCGCCGCCUGUUCCAUCUGGUACGAGGGAUAGACGAGAGCGCUCGCUCUCUCCACCACGUAGAGAUGGCUCAAAGUCUGCUCCAUAUGCCCGACCGCGCAGAGACCGCUCGCCGCCUCCCAAACGGGUAGAACGAUCGCGCUCAAGGUCGUACUCCCCACCACCAAAAGCUCGAAGACGGUCCCCCGUUUCUCCUCGGCGACGUGGUGCCAGUCCGAAUGUUCGAGGCAGGACGAGAACACGGUCCCCACCAAGCGAACGAUCGCGAUCGAGGAGUCCACGAGAUAGAAACAGAAAGGACAGUAGCAUGUCUCCAUCAUCGUCCUCACGGUCAAGGAGCCGGAGUCGGAGCCGGAGCUAUUCUGACCGUUCGAGGUCGCCAGCAUAUUCCAGCAAGCGACCAGUUGGACGCAGAGCCUAUAGCCCUCCCCGUCGUGGAGGUGGCGGUGGGCGGAGAGACUCGCGCUCGCCACCACCGCCGCGUCGUGGCGCAAGAGGUCGCUCCACGUCUUCUGGUGACUCUAGAUCGCCUCCUCGCCGGCGUCAAUCACCCAUCCGGCGUCGGAGUCGCUCGAGGAGCCCUCGUGCCAGCGGACGGCCUGUGGGUGACACGAGGAUGGGCUCUGCGAGUCCUGUGAGGAGAAAAGCGCGAGAUUCUCGAAGUGGGUCGCCAGCCAAGUCGGAGGGCUCUGCUGCAAUGGAUGAAUCUGAGUAG